ACAGCGCCACCAACAGACCAUGGGCCGCCGCAGUCGCCGACGCGGUGCCUCUGAGGAUGAGGGCAGCCAAUACGUGAAGGAGGAAGUGGACAAGUUUAUGGAUGAGCGGCACAAAGUGGCACUCGAGUCGGAAGAUUCGUCGUCUGGGUCUGUUCAGGAGGAGGUCAUGGCGCUGUCGGAGGCCUCGUCGGCUUCCAGCUCGUCGGUGGUGGAAAGCAGCAGCAGCAGCGGUGGGGCGAGCAGGGCGCGCAGGGGCAAGGGAGGAGCAUCGUCGGGCUCGAGCUCGGACGAAGAGUCGGCAGAGUAUGUGACGGCAGUGGAGCUGGAGGAGCGGCGGCUGAAGGAGAUGCUGGCCAAGCAUCGCAGGCGGAUGGGCAAGCUGGCGCAGCCGCUGGACGACGACUCGGAGGAGGGCUCGGGCGACGCGGCCGAGGCCGAGGCGCUGACCAAGGCAUGGGGCACCUCGCGCGAGGCAUACUACGGUGCCGAUGAGGACGAGAACUCGUACUCGGAUGAGGCCGGCGAGCAUGUGUCGGUCAAGGCCGAUGAGGAGCGGGCGGCGCUGGCACAGCAGCGGGCCAUCGCGGCCGGCCUCUCGGCCCGUGACUAUGGGCUCGACUCGUCCGACUCUGACUCUGACGCGGGGGCCGAGUCUGGGUCAGAUGACGGCGGCAAGAAGGGAGGCAAGGCCGGUUCGCUGCUCGACGCCAAGGUCAUGCCUGCACUGGAGAAGGACAUCGACUCGCUGAGCCUGGAGCAGCAGAUCCAGCUGCUUGAGCGCGACUCGCCCGAGCUGCUGCAGCUCCUUGUCGAGUUCCGCGACAAGAUCAGCGUGCUGCAGGACCAGCUGCUGCCGCUGCUCGAGUCAGUGGCUGCCGCCAAGCUACUGACCAAGGACGGAGUCUCGUACUUGCAGGUCAAGUUCCACCUGCUCCUCUCGUACUGCACAGACAUUGUGUUCUACCUCCUGCUGAAGGCGUCGGGCAAGUCGGUCAAAGACCAUCCGGUCAUCGACGAGCUGCUGCGGCUGCGUGUGACGCUUACCAAGCUCGGCCCGCUCGACAAGAAGCUCGGGUACCAACUGUCCAAACUGCUGCGGAUGGCCAACGCAGAGGCGUCUGGCGAGGAGCUGCAGGCUGCCGCGAGUGCUGAGGGCGUGGCCGGCCGGAUGGCGGCCGAUCCGCUGGCGUUCCGCUCGACGCUUGCGGCGCGGGCGCGGCCGGCGCGGAGCGGCCGCAAGCGCAAGUCGCGGCGCAAGGCUGAGGCGAUGGACUCGUCGGACGACGAUAUUGUCCGGUCGGGCUCGGAUGACGAGUCGGACGAGUCGGGCGUGGCGUCGCCGCCGACGGCGGCGGCCCCGUACCGGGCGCCGCGGGUCACCGCCGUCUCGCUCGACACCGGGUCCGAGGAGGCGCGGCUGGCCAAGAAGGAGCGGCGGGUCAAGGCCAAGCUUCGCAAGUCGUCGAUGCUCCGUGCGCUCAAGGACGAGUUCUCGGAGAAGCCGCGCGAGAUGCGGAACCCAGGCGUGACGGACCUCGAGUUCUUUGACGAGGAGGCAGCCGAGCGGACCAAGUAUGAGGAGGAGAACUUUACGCGGCUCAUUCUGAGCAAGAAGCAGCGGAGGGCCAUGGAGCGCAAGCAGAAGCUCGCGUCGCUCAACCGGCUCGAGGACUUUGACGACUACCGCGACCUUGAGGCCAUCACUUCGAUCGCCAACGAGCGGUCGGACAUGGUGGCGACCAAGGCAGCCAAGGCCCGGUCGCUCGAGCAGUACGUCCGCGACAUGGAGGGUGGCUCCAAGGCCAAGCGCAAGUCCAAGGGCUCGGUCGACGUCGACCUGCCCAUCCGCAAGUCGCACUCGCAGCGCGCGUCAGAGCUCGAGGCUGCACGCGCGCGGCGCAAGGCCAAGCGCGAGCGCAAGGCCAGUGGCGGCGAGUCGGACGAUGACACCAUCGCGCGCCCGACCAAGAAGCGCAAGGCGCUCGACCCCGAAGCCGCUGCUCUCUACGAACAGGCGCUCGAGGCGUCCAAGACCUCGUCGCGCUCCAAGCGCAAGAGCUCGCGCGGCAUCCAUGCCCGCAAGGCGCCCGAGGGCUACAUGGACGACCGCGAGGCUGCCAUGGACGGCGGCAAGCGCGCCGCCGGCUACCAGAUCAUGAACAACAGAGGUCUCCGCCCGCACCGCAACAAGGAGGUCUCCAACCCGCGCAAGAAGGGUCGCAUCCGCUACGAGAAGGCCGUCAAGAAGCGCCGCAGCCAGGUUGCCGACCUCCGCGAGCGCGGCUUCUACGGCGGCGAGGAGCGCGGUAUCAAGGACGACAUCUCCAAGUCCAUCAAGCUGUAGUCCUCCCCCCCCAUCCCCCCGAGACUAUCUGGCCACAGAGCUCAAUGAAGAUGACUCUUGCCACCCGUA